UCCGAUGCACUCCUGCUUUUGAAAGAUGCUCCGCCGCCCUUGUCUUUUUCCCAAUUUGUAAUGCUACCCAACAUGGCCUAUGUCACUGUACUUUGUACAUGUUUUUAACCCAUUCUGGUUUAAAUACAAAAUUCUCUGAAUGACGCUCUGUGUACAUAUUGAUCAUCAAGGCCAGGAAACGGAUAUUAGUUAUUACGGAAUGAAAGCCAUUGUCAUUAUACACGCUAUACCCAUUGAUAGACGAGUUUCACCAAGUGCGACGUAUUAAUAUCAAACACAGUUUAAAUCAUCUCUAUCGCAUAGUCACAUUACAUCGUUGAAUGUGAGCGGAGAACAAUCAUCAGGAUGACGUCUGAAUACAAGCAAUUCACCAAUGAAGAUUGUGACGUAGAGGGCGGUGGUUAUGAUAACCUUCCUAGUUACGAUGAGAGUAACGCGAUUCCAAGCUCAGCUCCACCUCAGAACCCUUACCCGCCUCCGAACUCUUCUGAGUAUCCUAUGCAACAGCCUUCUCACUCUCAGCAGGCUGCACAAUUCCCUCAGCAGCACCCAGGCACCGAUGUCCCCCAGUCGCAACCAGGCACAUAUGCUCCUCAGCAGCACCCAGGCACCGAUGUCCCCCAGCCGCAGGAGUUUCAGGCGCCGAUCCAACAGAACAUUGUUCAUGUGAGCACGGGAAUAGCGCCUAAUGACUACUUUGGCUUAGCUCUCUGUGUCACACUCUGCUGCUGUUUGCCGUUUGGGAUUGUAGCUCUCAUCAAAUCAAAUCAGGUGAGAAACCGAUCAGCAGAGGGGGACUACCACGGUGCCGCUAUCGCAUCUUUGGAGGCGAAACGCUGGUCCAGCAUCGGGUUGCUGCUUGGCAGUAUUUCAAUCGGUGUUAGUGUAAUUGGUGGCAUUAUGUCUGUUACAUUAGGCGCAUUAGGCGCAUCCUAUUAAUAUAAUUAUUAGAAAAAUAAAGAGAAAGAAGGAGGACAGGGGACCAUGAUUAGAAAGAAAGAAGGGCUGCGUAGUUUAAAACCCAAUUGUUUGAUCUCAGUUAGUUUGAUUUCAUGACCACAAUCCUCGAUUAUAUAGAUUUUCGCAAAACUCCGCCAUAUGACCACUGCAAACGGGAGAAAUAGCUAGAGAGAGAGAGAGAGAGAGAGGAAGGGAGAGAGAGAGAGAGAGAGAGACAGAGAGAGGCAUACAGAGAGGAGGAGGGAGAGAGAGAGACAGACCGACAGACAGAGGGGGAGGGAGAGAUAGAAAGAGAAAGGUGGAUUAGAAAAUAUCCCCUUUAAAUGUUCAUUGAUUCGUGUUACAAUACGAUACUUAACAUUUAAUAACUUUUCAAUCAAAAAAUAAUACUUUGAUAUAGUUAAGAUGACAGUACUACAGAUACACAGGUCUUUGUUUAUACUCGUAUGACUGUAUUCUUGUUACUUGAAUAGUCCUGUGUAUGCAGUACUAACUGCGUUAACCCAUUGCGUACUCGAACCGGGUAGCCCCUGUAUAAAGCUCAUGGCAAUGAAUUAAUUUAGUAGUCAACGGGUCAAAGGAUUUACUUUUCAGUUAUCUCAAUUAGAGUGUAUGUGUUUAAUGAAUACUGAAUAAAACAUGAGAUCACAUGAGAUCUAAUUUUCCUUUAGUUAAACGUGGGUCGGGUUUAACUUAAUCAGUAUACCCGGACUUGUAAUGGUCUUGUAACUUACAAAAAAAGAUAAAUCUUUGCAAAAAAAUAAUGAUUUUAUAAAAGAAAUCUUAUUACCUUGGAGUGAAUUAUAUUUUUUAGUUAAUCCCGCUGAGGAAUUUAUUCAUAAUUAAAUUAUAUGGGAUACUAAUUCAUGUAUCAUGGUGAAUGGUUUUAUACUCUUUAAGAAAGAUUGGAUAAACAGGUAUCAUUAUGAGUUCCUCACUUAUUCUGAGUUUGUAAAUAAAUUCAUUAUACAUUGUAAUUUUCUAGAUUUGUAUUCAAUUAUAUCGGCUAUAUCUUUACAAUGGAAGCAUACUUGCGAAGACCCACCUAACAAAAUAUUAAUUACCAAUAAGAAUUUUUUUGCAGCAUGAACAAUUUAGUUGAAGUAUGUUAACUAAUUCAUAAAUUGUGUGUUGACAAACUCUUUAAAGCUCCAAUUUUCUAGAAGAAAUGGGAAGUUUUCCUUUCAAAAUCAGUUGUUAAUUUGAACAAAAUUUACAUAGUUCCUUUAAAAUGCUUUUUUCGACAAGAUUAAGGCAUUUUAAGUUGAAAAUAACUCACUACAUAUUCUUGGUGUCAAUAAGUAUUUAAGGACUAUUGGUAUAUCCCAUUUUGAUUUAUGCACGUUUUGUUCAGAAUAGAUGGAAUCUAUUAAACACUUAUUUGGGAAUGCCCAAUAACUCGUCGAUUCUUCGAAGAAUUUGGAAAAUAAACCCUUAUAAAUAAAAUCAAGUAAACAUGUAAUGACUUCAUCUUCAGCAUCCCAGGUGGGAAUUUCUCCUCUUUUAAUUUCGUUAUUUUGUAUGCAAAAUAUUAUAUAUUUUCAACCAGAUAUUCGAAGGGAUCAUGAUCAUUUCCAUGUUUAAAAACAAAAUUUAAACAUCAUUAUGAAGUUGAACAAACAAUCUAUGCACAAUAUAGGUUUAAUUCUUGAUAGAUGGAGGUACGUCCAACUUAGUCUAAAUACUAACAUUUCGUUUAAGUAAUUUUUCCUUUAUUUGUCAAAUGUCUGUAUCCAUCAUUUGUUUACAUUUGCUUAUACAUGUAUUGGUUUAUUGUUUAAUACAAAAUUGAAUAAAGACUUUAUUUGAAGACAAUAAAAGGAAAACAUAAUAUAUGGACCACAAUACAAAAAACAUGAUAUUGGCUGAUGCAAGGAAGACGUGGACAUUUUCAGAGAUUCUACAAAGUGAGUAGACACUGAGAACGGUAAAUAAGUACCCGCAAGAUGCACCCUAAGUUCUAUAUGUUUAUUUGCUUGAUAUUUUUUAUAAAAAUAAUUUAUAUACGGUCCUCAUAAUUAUUGAAUGAAUAUGCAUGUCAGUAAAACGUUCAAUUAUCAAAAUGUUAACUGUCUAGGGUAAAACCCAGAAAUAAUAUCUAUGAUUCCAUAUUGAAGGACUAUAAUUAUAUACAAUGGUACUUAUAGUAGAAUGUUUUAAUGUAAUUAAUCUUUAUUUCAAUUUAACUCAUUCUUAAAAAAUGCUUUGAAAGGGAAUAUGUAUAAGCGUGUUGUAAAACUAGGGGAAGAAAUAUUUCAAUAUGUGCAUAUUUUGCUAUACAUAGUACUUCAUUUAACCCUCUUGUUUAUAAAGAUGACUGUCACGUCAUAUUAAAAUAAUGUACGUACAGAGUCAUACGUGUCAGCUCA